AUGUCUUGCAAUGACAAAGACACUGGCGACAAUUCGAAAGUUAAUUCCGUUGCGAAAAUACCGGAAAAUCUCAUAGAAAUAGAUGAAAUCAAGCAAACUCUGAAGCGAACGUUCGACGAAGUUUCGGAGAUGCUCCAGUCGAUUGAAGCAUCGAUUUCGAUGAUUCCGAAAAUCGAAAAUGACGAGAAGCCAACAGAGAGCACUGACAAUAAAGUUGAUUCUUCUAAAAAUUCAUCAAAUUUCAACGAAUCGACUAUUCCGGAAGCCGAAGUGCUAAAAUCAGAAAAGCGAUUUGUGUUGAAUUGCAUUGAGUUAAAACGUUUGAAUGAGCACCUUGCCUACUACCUCCACAUUCGUGGUCCGGAAAAUGGAAUCAAAUGGUCAGUUGAAACAAAAGUGGAAUUCAAAGUUUAUGGUCAAAAUAAAAAAAGCAAAGCCCAUACUUUCGAUUAUCGAUACGAAAAGGAUGAAGGCUGUGGAUAUCCCGAUUUCUUGGAAUGGGAGGAAAUGAAAAAAGAGUAUCUUAUCGAUGGCAGUUUGACAGUGGAAGCUCAUGUGCAACUCAUCGAAUCUUCUGGAUUCAGCAAAGAGAAGAUUCGAAAAUUUGAUGAAUCAAAUAAAGACGAUUCAGAUGUGAUCCUUGUCGUUAACAAAAAGGAGUUUUACGUCUUGAGAAAAUUUCUCGCUGCCCAGUCGUCAUUCUUCAAAGCUCUGCUGCUCGGAAAUUUCGCAGAAUCCAAGAAAUUGAAAGUGACACUGACUGGAAUUGAUCCAGAUGAUUUUCACUAUUUCCUUGAAGUUCUUUACGGCGAACUUGCUAUUGAUGAGAAUAAUGUCGAGGGAAUUCUUCUUCUAGUCGAUAUGUACGAUGCGAAAACAGCCACCAGACGAUGCGAGAAUUUUCUUCUGAAGGAAUCGAAAAAGUCGUUGAAGAAGAAACUGGAAAUGGCCACACGCUAUCAUCUGGAAAAUCUCAAGAAUAAUUGCAUGGAAAAAAUCAAGACAAAGGAAGAUGUCAGAUCCGUCCUCCCAGCAAAUAUCAACGAUUUGGAUCAUAAUGUAAUGGGCGAACUGCUCAGAAAGUCAAUUUCUUUGUUGGAUUUAAUCCCAAGUUGA